AUGACCAAGUCACUACCGCGCAUCGCCUGUUUUCACGGUGGCGGGUCCAAGGGCGCCAUCUACGAGGUUCAAUGCUCCCAGCUGGCCGGACUGCUGAAAAACGACUUCCAAUUCGUUUUCUUCGAUGGUCCUUUCGAAAGCGGACCAGGACCAGGCGUUCUGCCCGCUUUCCGUGACUAUAAACCUUUCCGGUCAUGGUUCAAGAAGGAUGGAUCGGAAAUCGAGCAGAGUGAUGGGAGUGGAUACGACAUCUCGGGGCGGGACGGUGUGGAGCGCGUUUGGAAACUGAUGGAGGCGGCGGGUCCCGGUGGAGAAUGGGUGGGUGUAAUGGGAUUCAGUCAGGGCACCCGCAUCACCGGUGGACUAUUGUUGGACCAACAGCGGAGGACAGCAUUUGGGGAACUGGGAAAUACUCCGAAGCUGAAGUUUGGGGUGCUGUGUAUGGGUGCGGGUGCACCCAUGGUGUCGGAGAUUGGUCAUCAGAUGGCCGAUACGGGAUCGACGGAUUUAGUGAAGAUACCCACGCUACAUGUGCAUGGACUGAAGGACAUGUUUUUGGCAUUGGGAAGGCAACAACAUGCGACGUAUUAUGAGUCGGGUACAUCAAAGGUAUACGAUGUUGAUUAUCAUCAUGCCAUGCCUUGGUAUAAGCAUGAAGUCCAGCGAUUGGCAGAGUUGAUCCGCGAGUUGUAUCGAGAGUCCACUGGAUACUGA